UCAAUGAUCCAUACAGGACUAUUUCCUCUACCUCUAAUCUGGUUCAGAGAGGCUAUCCCUGGCCUUGGCCUACACGAUCUCUGGUUAUCCAUAUCUAAUGGAAUCCCUGUGAUAACCCCCCUGAAUGUAGGGAAUCAGAGAAGGUGGUCACUCUGGUCCUGACUAAUGUAUUGUUUGUUGAGUCCUGUGUGGCUCAGUUGGUAGAGCAUGGCACUUGCAGUAGUCCCUUUUUAAUGCUUUAGUUUUGAUGUGUUGGAUAUGCUGUUUCACAUAAUGCUUCAGUUGUCCUGUAUACUGUAUGCCACCUCUGCAGAGAUGUCCACAGGCAUGGCUGCUCUGACAGUGGGCUGUGACUCAGGGGAGGGACCUGGGCUCCCUGUCCCGUGUGCAGCUCCUGGACCGGGCGGACCCUGUGGAGCCCCACUGGCUCGCUGGUCAGGACAUGUACUCCCCAACAGAAGACGGAACAAAAGGCCACACAGCGGCGCUCCGAGCCAGAAGACCUCUCAGUCCAACGCUGUAUACUACAGGCCCCAUCCCAGACCAGGGGGUUCCAGUGAAGGAGGAGCCUGGUUGCCCUGUUCGUGGGGAGCGAGGCUGGGCUUCCACAGGGGCCAGGAGAAGGCCCGGGUUGCUGGAGUGCAUAAUGAGGGAGAAGGAGUGAAAAUGGGAGGCGAGAAAGACAAAGGUGCUAAACAUCUACUCCAGACUCCAGGACAGCGGGCCCCUCCAGCCCAGCCGCAACAGGGGCCCCUCCAGCCCAUCCGCAACAGGGGCCGCUCCAGGUUUGAAGACUUCGACUUCUUGGCAAAGUAUUGCAUUUUCAGCCAGGAGAAGCUGGCAGAAUACAAAAGGGCUUUUGAAGCGAUCCUGGAGAUGGUGGAUUUCAGGGUGACAGAUGGACUUACAGACCUGAGGCUCUUUGCUGUGAUUGCGAGCCUGGCGCAGAAAAUAGCUACCAUGGACAGCUGUUCCUGUUCCUGCUGGAGGUGCAGACAGGGGGUGCUGUGGCCCAGCAGGGCUGUAUCAGCGCAGAGCAGCUCCUGGUGGAGCUAAAGGCUGGGGGCAUCCGACCAGAACGAGAAGAAGCCAUCAAACAGGAGCUCCGAUACAUCAGCUCCCUGGACCUGCUGGACUUCCUGGCGUACCAGCCCCUCUUCGUCCUAAUCCACAACUCGGUCAUCGCCAACCCACUGGA